AUGAAUAAACCAAAAUCCAGAAGAAAAUCAAAUACCCAACAGGAAACAACUCCUCCAGGGGACUUCUCAUUCAAUAUAACCAAAGUAGCAGUCUCUCAGAUCUGCAAAUCAGUUGGGUUUAGGCGUAGCCAGGUCUCAGCCCUGGAAACCCUGACCCUGGUAGCCACCAAGUACCUGGAAGCCUUGGGCAAAUCGGCUGUAUCAUUCUCCAAUGCCGCCAGCCGCAGCCAAUCCAACCUCCUAGACCUUACCAAUGCCAUCCACGACCUGUCCCUCCGGGCAGGUUUCACGGGUGCAUCCACUCUCUAUGACAGCAAUUGCUUGUUAAAGUCCACUGUGUUGGAAGGCCUGUCAUGUUUUGUCCGCUCCACGGAUGAAAUACCUUUCGCCAAGCCUAUUGAGAGAGCAAAAGAAAGGGAAAGGGAAGGAGUAAAAGCAUCUCCAGGGAAUUUGCAGAGAGGUGCUCAUGUACCGGAAUGGUUGCCAGGGUUUCCUCAUAUGGGGAGUAAUGAGAAAUCCAAGAAAAGAGUUAAUGGGGAAGAGCUGUGGGAGAACUCUAGCUCGGUUUUGGGAUGUCAAAUUGAUGUUUUGGAAGAUAAAAGAAAUGGUGGUAAUGGUUGUAAAUUGGCAAAGAAGAGAACAAGGGUGAAGUUCAGGAUUAAUGGUGUAGGGAAAAGGAUGCAUUGGAAUAGGUAUAGUGCUAAUAAUGAGUUUACUCAAACUAAAGAUGAAGAUGCAGAAGCAGAGAAUAAGAAUCCUGUCAAAUCCAAGGAGGCUCAGACUCUUGUGUUUAAGAGGAGAAAGCGAUAG